AUGAAGGUUUUUUCAUCUGACUGCACCUUCGACUACUCGUGGGACGAGGUUUCCACCGCAAACUGGCGAAAAUACUGCCCUUGGAAUGAUAAAUCAACGCAUGUGACAGCGGUCGACACGCUCUCGAGAACGGUGGAGCCAUCCACUGGCGUUUUACGCACCGAACGCCUUAUCACCUGCCAGCAGACCGCCCCGCGCUGGGUUGUCUCGCUCCUUGGCGGAGAUGCACUGUCCUAUGUUUACGAAAUCUCCUAUGUCGACCCAGUGUCGAAGAAAGUGACCAUGUGCUCCUCGAACCUCACCUGGUCCAACGUCCUGAACGUGAAAGAGACUGUCGUCUAUCAGCCAUCGAGGUCAAUGCCCGGCUCAAAAACCGAUUUCAAGCAGGAGGCCUUGAUCACCGCGCUGUGCGGCGGCUGGCAGAACAUUAAGAAUAAGGUUGAAGAAGCCAGUGUUGAGAGAUUCAGCCAGAACGCCAAACGGGGCCGUGAGGGCUUCGAAGCCGUCCUCGAGAUGAGCCGACGCGUUUUCGGCGAACAAAAGGAACUCGAGAGACAGCGCCUUCAAUCGGCUUGA